AUGGCUACAACAGAAACUAAAGUUGCCGGCGGCGGCAGCGCUGCGGGCCUGUCGUGGGCUCGGGUAUGUAAAGAGUGCGGUCAGCAGCAUGAAGGCCAGGAGAGCCACCUGUAUGAGUACCAGGACGAUGUGGACGAUGAACUGGUUUGCCACAUCUGUCUGCAGCCCCUCCUUAGACCUAUGGACACCCCUUGUGGCCACACGUACUGCUUUCACUGUCUGAGCAACUUCUUGAAAGAGCAGGACUUCUGCCCUGUGGACCGCCAGCGGCUACAGCUACAUCAGUGCCGACCCUCCAGCCUUCUGGUCAGGAACCUGCUGGACAAGCUGACUGUCAUGUGCCCCCACUCUUCAGAGUGUCAGCAGCAGAUGCAGCGCUGUGAGCUGCAGCCUCACCUGCACAACAGGUAAGACUCUGGACGGUAUGCUAUCAGGUCAUGAUAACAACUCAAGGUACUUCAAGGCCUGGAGCUGGCUAAAACAGUUGGCCCUUGUUAAAUGCUCCCCUUAUUUAUAUAAUAUAAGAAUACUCUGACUUUAACAUAAAGCAGCCACACAGUGUAACAGACUCCUGUAGAGGGGGUGCUUUUAAACCCAAACAUAGUACAGUGCUUAGCUCUCCAUUAGAAACAGACAGUUUGAUGUUGAAGGCAACGCCUGAAUGAUGCAAAAUAGAGCAGAAGUGUAGAUGUAGUCAUGGAUUUCAUCAAUUUGUCAGGAGGCAGUGGUAGGAUUUUAGAGAGGAUUUGGAGGAUUCAAGGCACGGGUUCAUAUAGAGACCAAAGCGUACCACAGAUAACCCAGGACUAUGCCUGAAGACAUCUAUGAUACGGUGAGGGGUGUCAAAGAGAGGUGAUGCACAGCACAAAAGUUCACAGCAGCACAGUGUGCACAAAGAAAACAAACUGUGCUGUCCACUGAAAACCAAUUUAACUGACCUUAUAUGUUUUUAAAGGAACAGUUCACAUUUUUGUCACUACACAAUCUUUCUUUAGAGUGAUAUCAAGAGUUUUUAGCCAUGCUGGGGUUUGUUUAACAUAGUGUCUGAAAGAAAGGAGAGAGUUUGACUGAGUCUCGAAUCAGUGUGCUGCUGCUCCUUGUUUGUCCAGGUUUCACAAAAUUGGAAAAACAGGUAGCAGUAGUGACAUCGAGGUUGUCCUUGAACUCACUACAAAAAAAACCAACAACUAUUGCACAAUGAUAAGGUGCAUAACGUUGUAAAAGGUACCAAAUCUGCACCCAUAUAAAUAGAUUUCCCUGCAUGUGUGAGUGGAAGUUAGUUAAAGUCAGGACAAAACAGUUUGGUCUAUUUCUCAGGAAUGUAAAGUAGCUGUUAUCAGAACACAGUGCUCCUCCAAACAGUGUGUUUAUCCCUGUUGAAGCUUUUAGGUUUAUUCCUUGUAGCUCCAUGAACACAAAAACUUGUAAUUACUGGGGUGCCAACAGUUGCCUUGUCUUUCACGUGGACAGUGAGGCGCUUGUCACCCUGUCGAGUGGCCAUGACGCAGUCAGCUGUGGGAGGCAGAUUGUCCUGCUGCAGCCUCACUGUGCAAACAAAGAGGAGACAAAGUUCAGGCUUGAGGAACAAGCAGCAGCUCCGGCGCUGUUACUGACUUAAUCAGACUGAAUCCCCGUGUCAACCCUGCAAUGCAGAGAAACUGUCUGCUAAUAUGCACCGUGAAUCCUGUCUGUAACCUGUGGGAAAAAAAAAAACUGACCUCCUUUUUUCUUCUCCUCGUUUUUGCCCAAACCAUCCCUUAUCUGCCCCCCUUUGUCUGUGUCCAUCCAUAUCUGGGAUCCUUUAAGAGCGUCUCUUUACAUUUUAUUAUAAUGACAUUCAUAUGUGCUGUCCUCCCUGUUCCUGUCUUUCCUCAGAUGUCCUGUUUUUAGAAGGCUUAGGGAGGAAGCAGAGAAGAGGAAGAGGCCCUCGUGGAAUGAGCUAAAGGGGCGUAAGGGUGAGGGGGAGUCGUCUGCAGAGGCCAAACAUUCAGCAACACAGUCCCGAAAUCCCAGCAGAGAUCAGCCUGAGCCUGGUCUGAUAAAUCCUGCCUAUGAAGAAAGUGAAGAAGGUACGGACUCAGUUUAUCACACCAGCUACAGCUAUUAUAUUCAGAAUCGCUCUCUCUGACAACAAUGAGGUUCAUCCACAGCUAGAAAUUCAGGACUCUAUUCUGUUGACUCUGUCACUGCAAAGUUUCUGGUGACUUUAUAACACAUCUAACAGAGUACAGUUCAUCAAAAUGCCUCGUGUUUUUGUUCGGUUGAAAGGGUUGUGUUUUUAGUACAGUGCUCCUGGAGGUGCUUGUGCAUGAUGUCGUUUGAGCAAAUGAUUUAAAAUGAAUCGAAUAGAUGGACUGAUGUUGCUAAAAGCCUGUUUCUGAUAUUGAUUCAAAGAUUUAGUCGUACUGGUCUGUUGUCUGUGCUAAUAAGAGAUCACAAUUACAGUAGCUUUUCUGUGUUUUAAUUUACCUAAGCACACACAAACAUAGUCUUAAAAAACUCAUCUUAUUUGGAGAUUAUUUGCUGUAGGGGCUUCAUCAAAGAUACAAAGAUAAAGAUGUAUUUAGAGGCAUCAGGCAGACAAAGCUCCUUCAUGGAGGUGACUGUACAAAACCAUAAAUCUUCUUGCCCACCCACUAUCAUUGAGGUGAUUGUGAAAACGCACUCUGAGUGCUGAUGUAUUUGGCCUUAAGGUCCUUUAUUCUGAGCCUUCAGAUGACGCUGAAUCAUCACUGAAGCUGUAGGAACAUGCUCGUCUCCCAGAUGUUUUAACCAAAAGUUUCAUCACUGGGAAAAACCCUCACAGCAACAUGGUCCAAAGACUUCUGACACAUAGCUGCCAGACGACCGUCCCCCCUGUGUUCAGACUCUUUGAAAUCCUCGUCAUUGUCAUCCCUUUUUUUUCCUAACCUCAUUUCCAAACUUAGAACUGAUCCUUAAAUUCUCAUAUUUAUUUAUUAUGGAAACAUGUUGUCAUUAUAAACACAUGACUGAUGUUGUGUAUUGACUCAUCAAGAUAACACCAUCACUCCAGCUGAACUCAGACGUGUUUGAGGCAGAAGUCUGCAGGGAUCUGUGAGUAAACUAACUCACAUCAAUGAUUCAGUGAUCUCCUCGAGCUCACAGAUCAAGUCUUCAUCUCUAACUAUCUGUGUUUUUGUCUGAUGGAAGAACUGGUUUCAUUUGAUUGGGUUUAUGCCGAGGUCCACGUGGCUCCUUUUUCUUAUCUGUGCCACUGUCUCCUGUUUACCAUUCAAACAAAUUUCCACCUCGAGUUCAGGAACAGGUUAUUGUUUGACUCAGCGUUUAGUGGGAUGAAGCAUAUCUAAAAGUCUACCCCGGGAUUUUUUCAAGAUUUAUAUCUUUUACAGGUAAUUUUGGUGGUUGAGAUGAAGAGAUCAAAAUCUAGGUCUUUGUAUCUAGUAUCGAGUUAAUUAAAUUAGUACUUUAAAUUACUGCAUGUGCGGUUCACAGCUUUUGUUUAGUCUAAAAAGGAUUUAAUAAAAAAGAGAAUUUGAUCUUGAUAAGUGUAUUUCAUCACAGAAGGAGAAAAGGCACCAUAUCAUUUUGGUGGACGGCUCCUCUCUCUUCGCUGCAGGACAGAAAGAUUCAGAAGAUCUUUUGUACCAACAGCCAUCAGACUUUAUAAGUCUUGUGUAAAUAGUUGAUAACUUUUGGAGACAUAUUAUGUGAGACAACAGACAAUUGACUUUCCCUUCUGGGAUUAUUUAAGUUCUUCUUCUUUUUAUUAUUAUUCUUUUUGUUUCUUGGAAUCAAGGGUUGAUAUUUAAAAUCAUCGUUUUACAGUUUGAUGGUCCCCAACAUGGAGAGAGCAGUGUUAUAAAUUCAUUUUUAGUUCCUACUUUGUAUUUGUUCAAUACUUUGUAUGUACAGUUUAGCUCACAGGAGCCAAGAGCUGGGUGUUUUCUUUAUAGACAGGAUAAAAAACAGCUUUUAUUCCAGUGGUUUUUCCAUUCCUGAUCCUGCCAGACAACACCCCCCUGCGGUCCAGCCUGGUCGCUGAGGCCAACGUGGUGGAGCUGUUCAGAGAGGAGCCAGAGGAGGAGCUGGGCCUCCGCAUUGUUGGUGGGAAAGACACGCCGCUAGGUAACAUCGUCAUCCAAGAGAUUGUCAGGGACUCGCUCGCUGCUCGUGAUGGCAGACUGGCCCCUGGUGACCAUAUCUUAGAGGUGAGAGGGAUUCAUAAGCUAAAUCAGAAAAUGCUCCUGGAGAAUGAAGCCUGUUCUUCAACUCCCAAAUUCAGAGGUGUCUGAGUGGCAUGUCAUAACACAUGCAAGUUUAACAUAUUUUUGCACAAACACUUUUGUCAUUGCAUUCUCAUGCUGUAGUAAACACGGCGCUGUGCUGCAGGGGAGGAGGAAAGCAGACAGUCAGGAUAAACACGUUUUAGCUCCAUGGUAACAAGGUGUGGUUAAUAUUCACUGGCCAAACACGUCAUGCUAAUGAAAACAACUCUACCUGGUCGCAGUCACUGAUUGACAGACUAAACAGCGUCUCUGUUUGAGAAGGUCGAUGUUCAAACGAAAGCUGCGUCAAAAUGUAAUCUGAUCUUUUCUGAAGAGUUACAUAACCAGAGUUUGUGAAAGUGUAUCAAGCUUCCUGACAGUGAUAAUGAGUUUAUUGUACCAUCUUGGCUGCUCUUAAAAAUGUGUUUCUUUAUGCUCCUGAUCUCCUGAUGUUAAAUCUGCUCUCAGCAAAUGUUUGAAAACAGCCUAAAAGCUAAACUACUGUGAAAAACAGCUGCUAAUGAUUAUAUUGUUUAAUCAGUUGGUUAAUUCCCUUACUGUGAAACUCCUAUGAAAACAACAUUUCAAAGUUUGUGUUGUUAAUGGACUAAUUUGAGUAGGAUAAUGGAUAAUGUUUGAUUUGCAGUCUUCGUUCUAGUCUUUUCAUAAGGUAUAGUUUCCGUCUUUCUUUUUGUAUUUGGAGCAUCUUGUUCUCCAUCAAUCAAGCUUUUAGGCUACCUUAGCCUUUUGUCCUGGACCCCUACUACACUGUCUCUUCCAAAAUGCAAUCACUCCAAAACCUGGAAUUAAACUAGCAGUCCAUUAGCCAGUGAUCUGCCUGCAGGAAGUGAAAUAACAGCUCCAGUGGUUUUUUGGCUCUGUUGAGCAUUUGUGGAUGAUAAGAGAGACUGUAAAGACCCGCAAAGACCGCAUCAGAAAGAUCUUGAAACUCAAUAUUUCUCUCCUCAUUGAAUCAAUUUAUUGAUUUGCAAAAGCCCACUUUCAAAUCAAAGCUGUCAGGAAACAUUUUGACAGCUCUAUUUUUAGCCACAAGAAUCAAGCAGAAGAUAAGAUCCCUGGCAUUCGUUCUUAUCUUUGAAAUGUAAGAGAGAGAUAAGGAAGUGAGGCAUGAUGAAGAAUUCAGAAUCACUUUACAUCAUAAAAUCAUACUAGAGCUUUAAAUUAGUGUUACGUAGUUUUCUUCUUUAAGCAGCACCAAUACAGGGAAUACAGUGUCCCAGAUUUUGCUGCUUUGUGUUGCCGUGUUAUCUUGUGUUCAGCUGCUGACUGUUUUUCUCUCCUCCAUGUCUGUAGGUGAAUGAUGUCAGUCUGGCUUCGGUCCCUCACGCCCGGGCCAUCACAGUGCUCCGUCAGCCUUCCCUCCUCCGGCUCACUGUUAUGCAGGAGAAAGGUUUCAAAUCAAGAGAUCCACGUCCAGAUCACCACCCUCCUUCCUCCUCCUCCUCUGCCUCUCAGCCCACUCACAGUCCCCAUGGCAACACUACCUCCAACCAUAACCCCGGCACAGUCCUGCAGGUGACGCUAAUGAAGAGUCAGCGCUCUGAGCCACUCGGAAUCAAGCUCAUUCGCAAAUCAGAUGAGAGUGGGGUUUUCAUCCUGGACCUGCUGUCUGGAGGUUUAGCAGCCAAAGAUGGAAAACUGAGAAAUAACGACAAAGUGUUGGCCAUUAAUGGACAUGACUUAAGGCACGGUACACCUGAGAGCGCUGCACAGAUAAUACAGGUAUAUUCAAGGGCCAAAGAUGUACCAGUUUAUCAUCGACGGCUGUUACGCAAUAACAAAGUUGUGAUGGAGAAAAAAUCUGAAUACAAAAGUGAACCUUUCAAUCAUUGAUCAUGUGUGUGUAUUUGUUUUUGUCUUCUGUGGGCAUUCAGGCGAGCGAGGUGCGUGUGAACUUUGUGGUGAUGAGACCCGCAGAGUCUCAGGAGGAAGGAGGAAGCGGCAGGGAGGGAUACGGCAGAGCAGCCAGGAGACCUGAACCCCAGUACUUCAAGCGACAGUCCACCUACAUGAAGGUGAGACUCAAACCAGUGAAGUUACCAAUACCUCACACUCUCUCUGUAACAACAAAGAGAGUGUGAUAUAUCUGUAUGAUAUUGUCUGUGUGUUUCUUAUCAAUGUGUGUACUAGGGCUGGGCGAUAAAACAAUAACAAUAUAUAUCAAAAAUUAAUUUCCCUCGAUAUCGAUAUAAAACAUGGUCAAUAUGCUUCUCGAUAACCGGUAUUCUGUCAUGUUUUGGUAGACUAUACGAAUAGCCAUUGAAAAGGGGAGUUGCUCCGGGUUGCGCCGCGCUGAACCAAUCGUGCUGAAUUAGAACCAAGUAGCAAACAACUGUGUAGUUGCAGGCUGAAGCUACACGCAACCAUAGCACUUUAACAGGUGAAGCCGACAGCACUGUCGGUGAGAAAAAAAGAAAAUAAGUGCGACCCCCAGCAGAAAUGCAGAUAAAGGCUCAACAGAUGAAGACAUCCUCGAUAACACUGGCAUGAAAAUGUCGGUAGUGUGGAGGUAUUUUGUUUUUUUGAGGUCGGACAUGAAGCAGAGUAAUGUGCACUGCAAAUUAUUUCUAGUACAUUUUAAUUUCAUUUAAGAGUAACAGGGAACAUUUAAAAUUGACAAGUGUUUAUUUUUAUUAUUGUGAUAUAUAUCGACUGAUAUGGAAAAAAUAUAUCGUGAUAAACUUUUUUCCAUAUCGCCCAGCCCUAGUGUGUACUGUCACAACGUUUCACAAACCUAAUGAAAUGAUUCGCAUCUGUAAUCUUCCUCCGCUCCCUUAAAACCAUCUCCAGAAAACUAGAUGUUUUAUUUUUAAUGGAUCUGUUUAUUAAUUAUUUACUGAGUAUAAACACACAUAUAUACACACAAAAUCAAGCCACGCCAAAGCUGAAAGUGCGUAAUUAUUACACGUAUAUCUACAUUUCUCUUGGCCCUCGCCAGCUGUUCUGUGCUGGACCUCUAACUUCCUCUUUUACACCGUUAACUACUGUGUGGGUCACACUAUCUUACAAACCUUCCAUGUUUGUGUUUACACAGUGUAAUUGUGCCGAGCGCUCCUUUGUCAGUCACACUCAGUUGUACCAUACGCUCUCGGUAGAAAGAAUAGCACCCCCUCAGUCAGGGGUGAGAAGCUUUGAGAGCAGACACCUGCGUCGGUGAGCGGAGAUGAAAGCCUCCUCUGUCCUGAUCAAAAGGCCCGGGGUGCUGCCCACUCUGCUGCUACGGGGCCGCUGUCUUGUUGUUUUUUUGGCUGUUUCUUUGCGUGGCAGAGGAUCAAAGCUGGUAACAGUUAGCUUUCGCCUGCAGAGUCGAGCCUUUUCGUCUCACCAGGGGGGGAUGGGCUCCCUGCUGGGGGGAGGAAGAGCCCCUACCUCCCCUGAGCUUCCCUUCUGAUGGUUUUCAGAGUUAGGAGAGAAACAAGGGGGCUGAGUGAAACUGUCAUUUUCGACACAGCUUUUCCACUACGAGAGUUGAGUGUGGAUCCUCACACAUUCCCUCUAUUCUGACUUCUCAGCUCCCCCUCAAAUGCUUCACAUUUGUUUCUACAAUAGCUCUGUGAGGGCAGACCAUUAAGUCGACUAAUCCUGAUAAAACUCAAGCUGAUGGGCUGGACAGACGUCAUGCACAUUUAGUCACACAAAAGAAUGAAAGAUUGUAAAACACAUCCUGCAAAAAAAACUAUCGUCUUAAAGAUCCGUCUGUCAGCAUCAAUGUGUUUAUCAGUAUAGUAAUAUGUCUAAUUGUUUCUGCAGGAUCCUCCAGGUGGGUUUUCCAGCCAGGAGAAGACGGUGAGCCUGAAGAAGGAGCCUCGACUCUCGCUGGGCAUCACCAUCGCUGGAGGGAGGGACUGUCGCAGCCGCCUGCCUGUUUACAUCACAAGUGUGCAGCCUGUGGGCUGUCUGCACCGAGAUGGUACCAUCAAAAAAGGUAUGACACUUCACCUGGUGACCUGCAGUUUUGACGCCAUCACUUCUAAGACCUUUUGUUUUACUGAAGUUUUAGACUUUGUAAUGUGUUGCCUCGGGAGCAACUUAGGACUAUUUUGAGUUUAAUGGUAAACAGAGAAGGAUUUCAUUAUGAAAGUAUUGUUUGGUUCAGUAUGCUCCAGUUCAGUGGUUCUCAACUCACUCUGGGACCCACAUAUUCCCAUGGUUCUUAAGUCGCGACCCACUUUUAUAAAAUUUAAACCAAGCAAAUUUAUUUCUAAAAAAAAAAAAAACCUGUAAAGACUCAAAUCUUUGACAUAAAUACACUAAUUUUAUUGAGUAAAGUGCAUUUCAGAGCACAUGAACUGAGGAUGACAACUACUAAAGUUGCAGAAACAGAAAAUAUCAAAUUGCACAAAAUGGAGACCAUCAAAACGAAAAUUUUGACUUCUUUGCAUCUCUGCACUCAGAGCAUAUUCAGAAGAACCUGUGGAGGAACCUGCAACAGCAUGGACAAAAGUGAAUAAAUAUUAAAUUGCACAAAAUAAAAACAUGAAUUCAGGCCACAUUAAUAAGAAACCGAGGAGGACCACAACAUAUUUUGUGCCUUUCAAAAUAAGCUAGUUUUCAAAAUAAAAGACAUGUCAAACAUCAGAUUAAAUGUUUACUUUUUUGACCAGCUGUUAGCGACCCACUUUUGGGUCAAGACCCACCAGUUGAGAACCACUGCUCUAGUUAUUGCUGGAUAAUCAUCCAUGUAGUCAGUAUGUGUGUUUUCAGAGUGAGCUCAGAUAUCACACAAAAGCUGAGUGCCAUUCACUUUCCUGCUGUCCAGGUUACACGUCUGCUGCAGUGUGUCUAUAGGCCUCAGAAGAAAAAGGAUAUGUUCUUGUGGGCUCAAAUUGAGGCAGAGGUGGCACCAUCCUGACCAUGCGCCACGACGUGCAUGUAUUUGUAAAUUCAACCGAUUCACUUUCUUUUACAGGCAACAUACUUUAAGCAAGAGGCCAUUUUAAAAUAGAAACACGCUCAAUUUCAGCUCUGCAAAUUUUUUCAGCUACAAACGUUGUUGCUCUUUAAAUUGAAAGAACACUUCAUCCACACAUCUCGCAACCAGACAGAACAUUUCAGCCUCCUCUUUUUCAUUCUGUAGAACCUCCUCAUGCACUCCUUGUAGUCCAAGGCCUCCUGGUCUGGUCCAUCAACGGCCACCUUACAACAGACAUCCAAGUGCCUCUCCUUCAGUCUGUUCCACAGAGGUGUCUUCACCUUAAACAAAACAAUUCAUCAUGCAUUAAGUAUUUUUGUUUUUAUUCUGAUACAGACAUGAAGAGUGAUAGUGUUUUCAAUCAUAUAUAUGUAUACGCUGCAGUGUCCUCCCUAAAAAAAAAACGACAACCAAUUAUUUCUUAAACUAUCUAAACUAUGUUAUUUAUUUUUUGUAACUUUAUUAGUUGAGUUUUUUUAGGUACUACCAUCUUUGAUAUAUUUCUCCUUCUCUUCUGCUGCUUUGUGAAUGGCUGUCACCUCAUGUCUUUUUAAUGUGUCCAGCCUGUAGUUGGUUGAUGGCUGUCUCACUAAGGAGGCAGCAAUUGCCUGCUGUGUUGGGGCACAGUGCUUUUGGCAUAAACAGCAGUGCAUGCCUUCCUCAGUAUGCCUGAGCCAGGUAAAUUGAUUGAGCCACUGCUUGUCAAAGCCACUGGCUCUGUGUUUUUGAGAAGAUCUGGAUAGAGGAAUAAAAACCACGUACACGUCGGCUUUGCUUUGUUAUGCUCCUAAUUGGAAACUAAUUAAUUAAUUACCCUCGCCUCGCCGACUCGUCCUGUCCUGCAUUCUGACCCUCGCGAUCACCAGUCCCUUGUGAAGUACUUUCAGACCUGACACAAAUUUCCACGUUGUCACCAACAUGAAUUAAAGCAUUUUAACUGCCUGUUACGUUUUUUCUCUGCUGUGUUUCACCUGGACUCUUGACUUUCCUCCUCGCGAGGUCGCUUUUUAAAGUACUGGCUGAUUUUGCCUGUCAUAACUGCAACGCUAAAAACGGAGUAAACUUUUUUUUUUUAAAUAAACACGACAUGCUUGGAUGCAAAAAAGAGAAGCAGUAUUUACCUGUUUGUACCAUCCGCCAGGGAAAAUCAGGACGCCGAUAGCACCAACUAGCGGGAAAAAAACUUGAAAAAACAUGAUUCGAUCCGUUUCUUCUUCAGUAGAUGCUUCAGGUCUCUCCGGUGCACUGCUGUUGAUAUAGCGCCUCUAUAGUGGCGCAACGCUGCAACUGCAGUUAAAAUACGUUGCUGCUGCAUCGGGACAUCAAUCGCUCAAUCAACACAGCUGGAGCUUUACGCUGUGUUGAGCGAAAUCAAUCGCUCUGGCCGGGGGCGGCACAAAAUUAGGUGGAGGCGGCCGCCACGCAAUUUUGAACGCAGGAAAAACCCUGGAUAUGUUCUUGUUCAAACAUUUUACCAUCAUUAAAGCAAGAGGCCAUUUUAAAAUAGAAACACGCUCAAUUUCAGCUCUGCAAAUUUUUUCAGCUACAAACGUUGUUGCUCUGUUUUCUUCGUCACAGCCUCCUAAAACUCUCAGAACUCUGCAGUGUGAUACAAUGAUUAUUCAGCUCGUCUGUGAUCAUAGUCACACUCAGACUUUAAAUAUUCAACAGUAUGUUAACACGAACAAAGGUUUUCCCAGAGUUUUUGGUGUGUACUAGAAACAAUAGAUGACAGUUUUCUUUGUCUUACUCAUCUGAUUGAAUUGACUCUAAAAACCGAGUCGUUUCUUUUUGAAAAAUUCAAUAAGAAACUAUUCCUGAGUUUGAGCCCGCAGGUUGUCUUUACUUUAAAGUUUAAAACUGUAUCCAUGUGUCCACAGGAGACGUUCUUCUGAGUAUAAACGGUGUUGAUCUGACCCAGUUGACCUACAACGAGGCAGUCUCGGUGCUGAAGGCUCAGACAGCUCAGUCCCAGGUGGUGCUGAGAGUAAUCCAGACCCUCUCUGAGGAAUCAGAGGAGGACAUGGAGAAUGCCAACAAAGAUGAAAUGGACUCUCUGGAUGACUUUCGAGAUGAUGCCCUUAACUGGACGCCGCUGUGGACCCGGUGGCUGGGAUUACCGAGGUAGAACGCGGCUUAACAGGAUCAAAUUUAUUUACUUAGACAGUGUGUCCGGUUUCUUUUAAAUGUGAAAGUGUAACCUCUGACCCCUCACUCUUUGUUCCAGUAACAUGCACUGGUGCCGGGACAUCGUCCUGCAGAAGACCAACAAUGAGAGCUGGGGCUUCAGCAUUGUCGGCGGCUAUGAGGAGAGUCAUGGCCAGCAGCAGCCCUUCUUCAUCAAAACCAUCGUGCCUGGUACACCUGCUCACUUUGAUGGACGCCUCAAGUGAGUCUAUUUUUACCUCCGUAUGACAGUCAAAUGCUGCUUCCUGUUGUCACGCUCUCUCUCCAGACUUCACAUUUACGCUCCGUGCCUCUGUGUGCAGGUGCGGUGAUGAAAUUGUAGCCGUGAACGGAGCCACAACAGUAGGAAUGAACAACUCGUCUCUCAAAGCUGUGAGCUGGAAUAAAGAAGAAAAUAAGUCUGUUUUAACCAGGCAGUCUGGUGUAGCAACGGGUCCAUUCACUCUCCUCUUUUUCUCUCACUAA